AAAAUUUCAUUCUCUAUAUUGUUCUCUCAUCAAAUACUUUGAACUCUGAAGAUGUUUCUAUAUAUUAUCAGUAUAGAUAUGAGUUCUCAAUAGCUAAAGUUUUACUUAUUCAUCCUCUUGAAAAUAUGCUUAACCAGGUUUGA